AUGACUGAAAAGGUAACAAGCUCUAUUCAAUUUACACGCGAAACGAUGCCUGGUGCGCAAUAUUAUGAUGGUAAAAUGUUAAAAAUACCAAUAACAGAAGAAGCAGGAAUUCAGCUGUAUAAACGAUGGUUUAUGCAAGGAAUCAGCAGUAUUAUGUCAUCCAUUGCUAGUCAACAUAUGAGUAAAUUAAACGAAUAUGAACGGAAUCGAGUUCAGAAAUGUUCACAAGCAGCUGAAAAUAUUAAUGAACAAGCAAGAUGUGUUAUUCGUGUUAUAGAUUUCAAGCCUAAGCAAAUGAACUUCACAAAAAUGUCUCGUAUUCAGAAACUAAAAGAACAUUUGGAUAUGAAGUAUAAAAAAGUAAAUGGUGCUUCUGUUCAAUCUUCUUCACGUCAUCGACUUGUUUACGUGAAGCCAAAAAUGAAUUCAGAAAAAAUAAUAUUUCGUACAAAACGGGAAGUUAUCAAUCGUCAGAAUUAUAAGUUACGUACAGAAUAUGAUCGUUUAACACCAUUUGGUAUUCUUGGCAAAUAUUUAACGAAGAUGACAAAAGCAAUUAAGAAUAAAGCACCACAUUCAUCUUGGAAAAAAACAAUGAAGGCAAUAGAAAUUAUGAAGCGAAAUAAAGAACAGAGGCAUCGUUUUUUUGAAAAUAUUGAAAAACGCUUGCUAUCUGAUGAACAAGUGAAAUAUUUCGAAUCAAAGUUAACUCCUGUAAAUGAAGAAAAGGAUUUUGUAGAAGAAUUCCAUGUACCGAAUCAUAUUAUUAAACGAUUGAGGAAAAAUAAUGAAAAUGCUCAAAAAACUCUCGAAAUUAUUAGACUUUUUCAACGAUCAAUAAAACUUGCAUUGAUUUUAAAUGGCGCAAAUGGCACUAAGCUAGCCAAUAAAACUUUCAUAUUUGGUUCACCACGUUUACUUUCCUUAGUACCAAAUGAUAUCCAAAACGAG